AUGAACAUAACGCAAGACAAAUCAACUCCAUCCUCAUCUUCAUCAGCUUCUCCAAUAUCGACAUCACAAGAAAGAAAAGGCUUACCUGAGCAAUUAAUUCAAGCAAAGCAUGACUGGUUUUUAUCCAGUAUUGGGAAUUUCACAUGGGUAAUCAUAUAUUUCUGUACAGGCUCAACGAUGUUUGUCUUAAAGGGUAUAUCAUACAUUUUAACUCUUUUCCUUUUACAAAUUCCAGGUAAAAUCAUUCAUUCAGCAAAUAAGAUGCGGUUUACUAUUUCAUUCACUGUUAUCUUAACAGUCAUAGCAAUCUUAAUCUAUAUCACAUACUGUAUUGUAAAGGCAAGGGUAUUAUCACAGUAUAAAAAAUUAACACCUGACGAAGAUAGUCUCCUUAUGAAUCAAAACAUUGGUGCAGGUACGAAUAGAGAAGCAGGUUCGACACCUCUUAAUCGAUCGGAAAAUAUGAAAAAUCGUAAUUCAAAUAAUAUCAAUGAUGAUACUUUCUUAUCAUCUUACUUGGACCAAUUUUUAAGCGCUAUAAAAAUUUUUGGGUAUUUGGAAAAACCUGUUUUCCAUGCAUUAACUAAGAAUAUGAAAACUCAAAAACUAGAUGAAGGUGAAAUCUUAUUAUUAGAUAAUUCUAUCGGAUUUGCAAUAGUUGUAGAGGGGACUUUGCAAGUUUUCCAUGAAGUAGAACAAACUGCUGAUGAAAUAGUUAGAAAUGAAGCUAGAGAUGACAUUACGGAACAUGAAUCAGUUUUACGAGUAGAAGCACUCACUAAUAAUGAUAAUGAGGAUCUUACUACUUAUAAUAGUGGCAUCUCAGAUUCAGACUCGGAUUCAGACUUUGAUUCGGACGAUGAAUCGUCAGGUUACAUUCGGUUGAAAAACGGAUUAGGUAAAUUUCAAUUAUUAAAUACAGUUAAACCAGGUAAUCCAAUAUCUUCCUUAGUAAAUAUUCUGAACUUGUUUACAUCUGCAAACCCUAAUGCAUCGCCUUAUAAUAUAAAUGGCUCAAGGUCCGAUAGUAAUGAUAGAGGGAACUCAAACAACAUUGACAUGCAAUUACAAUUUGGUAAAUUCACUUUAAAUAGUGACAACGCGACUUCUAGCUGUCCAACACCAUCUAUGGAUACAACGCCUCCCCUUCAAUCUUCUGAACAUAUUCCAGCUCUAUUAUCACCAUAUUCUAUCCCAAAGGUCGUUGCCCGUGCUAGUACAGACUGUACCAUUGCAAUAAUUCCACCUCAGGCGUUUGCUAGAUUGACUGCUAAAUAUCCUAGAUCUGCUUCACAUAUGAUUCAAAUGAUUUUAGCCAAAUUAUACAACGUGACCUUUCAAACAGCACAUAAUUAUUUGGGUUUGACUCGUGAAAUUAUGGAUAUUGAACUAUCCUUGAAUCGUUCAGUCAAAUAUGAACUUCCUUAUUAUUUAAAAGAAACCGUCAUUAGAAAAUCCAAGGCUUCUAAUUCGGAAAUUAAACAUAAUGAUAGUAAUCGCCAUGCAAGAAAAUCAAGUUUUGAAUCCAGUAAACCAAGAUUAGAUUCUAAGACUACAUCGUUAUCCAACGAUAACCUUCAAGCACCCAUCCCAGCAAAACCGAGCCGGAACUCUAUGGUAAUCGGUUCGAGACAUGUUGUUCUAGAUUCAAGAGAUCACUUAAACCCAGGUGACUUGUUAUCAAAUGUACCACUAUCUAGAAAAGAAUACAAUGAUGACACUCCAGCAAGAGAUUCAAAGUCGCCAAAUCAAUGGACGUCAAAGGCAAACGCCUCACACGAUCAUAUAGAUACGAAAAAACAUUUAAAAUCAUACGACCGUCCUAAGCUCAAAAAAAAUUAUCAAAAUGGAUCUUCCGCAAGUUUCAUUAAGACAUUGAAAACAAAGCAUGGAAUGAAUGAGGACAUAAAGACAAGAUCAUUUUCAGCAGCUCAGGAGGAAACAGAAGACUCUUCUGUUCGGAUGGCUGUUACUGAAGCAUUUUUUGCUUUUAUGGGAGUUAGCCAAUCUAAUAUGUCAGCCGCGAACCCAGAGACUUCCUUCACUGACAGUAACACUAACCUAGGCAGGAGUGUCCACCGCUCAUCCGAAAUUUCAUUGGAUCCUUCCAUAGGAUCCUCUGUGACACAUCAAACAACACUACGAAUCUUGCCAAGUGAAUACACUAUCACUUCAAGAAGACAAAUGAAACGUAACAAGAAAAAGAAACCAUAUAAAGAAGAAAUUUCAUCUAAUUUAGAUUUCGACUCUGCUAAAAAUGAAUUUGCUCAAGGACUUCAAUUGAAGUUUUUCAAACAAGGAUCCAAUAUUGUUGAAGCAAACUCCGAUGGGAAAGGUAUGUUUUACGUUAUUUCUGGUAAAAUAUCAGUCUCAACAUCCAGCGAUAGCGAUGAUCAUCCAACCAAUAAGAAAAAUCAUAAAAUAGAACAUACACUCUUCUCGAUAGGAAGUGGUGGUAUCGCUGGUUAUCUUUCUGGGAUUGUAGGUUAUAAAUCCUUUGUUAAUUUAAAAGCACAAACAGAUGUAUACGUUGGGUUUUUACCAAAUAAAGUAAUUGAACGAUUAUGCGACAAAUACUUCUUGAUAUAUCUACGUAUCGCUGAGACUUUGAGCGGUUUACUCUCUUCAAGAAUGUUGAAACUAGAUCAUGCUUUAGAAUGGGUUCAUCUUUCUGCAUCAGAGACAUUAUUUUCGCAAGACGAUCCCGCAAAUGGUAUAUAUGUAGUUUUGAACGGUAGAUUAAGACAAUUGCAAGAAAGGAAGAGAAAUACAACAAAUGAUGUGAAUGAAGCAAUUACUCAUCAUGACAGCAAGAAAGAUAAGAUGAAGAAUUCUACAACAUAUCCAGUGGUUGUGGGAGAAUUAGCACAAGGCGAAAGUUUUGGAGAAGUUGAAGUGUUGACAGCUAUGAACAGAUUCACAACAAUUGUAGCUGUAAGAGAUUCAGAGUUAGCCCGUAUUCCAAGAACACUAUUUGAAUCCAUCGCGAUGGAACAUCCAUCAAUUAUGAUUCGUGUUUCACGAUUGGUCGCGAAAAAAAUUAUGGGGAAUAACUAUACUCAAAAUAAUGAAGAUAAUAAUCUUGCUAUCCCAUUAACGAAAUCAUUGAACUCUUUGAAUUCCCAUUAUCAAACCCAGAAUCAUUCUUCUGGUAAAAUAACUUUCAGAACUAUUACAAUAUUGCCAAUUAGAGAAGGACUACCAGUAGAAAAUUUCGCAAUGAAGUUAGUACAAGCUUUCAAGCAAGUAGGACGUAAUACAAUAGGGUUAAAUCAGCGUACGACACUUACCCAUUUGGGACGCCAUGCGUUUGAUAGAUUAGCCAAAUUGAAACAAAGUGGUUAUUUUGCCGAGUUGGAAGAGAUGUAUCAAACGGUCGUUUACAUUGCCGAUACACCGAGUAAAUCGAGCUGGACGCAAACGUGUAUUGCUCAAGGUGAUUGUAUUCUCUUAUUAGCAGAUGCUACAUCAUUACCAGAUAUUGGUGAAUAUGAGAAUCUAUUAUUGAAAUCAAAGACAACGGCAAGAACAGAAUUGAUUUUGUUGCACCCUGAAAGAUACGUAGAACCUGGCUUGACACAAAAAUGGCUACGAUACAGACCAUGGGUUCAUUCACAUCAUCACAUUCAAUUAGUCGUUAAUCCUUUGGAGGGUAUCUCUGCAAAUAAGAUCCAUGGUUUUAACGGAGGUGCCUUGGCAUUAGUAGAUAAAUUUAUUCAGACUGAUUUCAGCAAAAAAACACAACAAAAUAUUUCCAAAUUAUUGCCUGAUUCACUUAAAACUACUGUCGAAAAUUUUUCUUCUAGAUUCAUGAAGAAAAGGAAUGCCCAAUUUUAUACACCCACAAAUCCGCACAAAAAUGAUUUUUUAAGACUUGCUAGAAUUCUUUCAGGACAAGCUAUCGGUUUGGUACUUGGUGGUGGUGGUGCGAGAGGUUUGAGCCAUUUAGGAGUCAUACAAGCUAUAGAGGAACAAGGUAUUCCUAUUGACAUGAUAGGUGGUACCUCCAUCGGUUCAUUCGUCGGAGGUUUAUAUGCCAAGGAUUAUGAUUUGGUCCCCAUCUAUGGGCGGGUUAAGAAGUUUGCAGGUAGAAUUUCUUCCCUAUGGAGAACAUUAUUGGACUUAACAUGGCCAGUAACAUCAUACACAACUGGGCAUGAAUUUAAUCGUGGUAUAUGGAAGACAUUUGGUGACACGAGAAUUGAAGAUUUCUGGAUCCAGUAUUAUUGCAACUCGACGAAUAUCACCAAUUCAGUACAAGAAAUACAUUCUUUUGGUUAUGCGUGGCGUUAUAUUAGAGCAUCUAUGUCUCUUGCAGGUUUACUUCCGCCUUUGGAAGAGCAUGGAUCUAUGCUAUUGGACGGUGGUUAUCUGGAUAAUUUACCUGUUUUAGAAAUGAAAGCCCGUGGCUGCGAUACUAUUUUUGCUGUUGAUGUUGGUUCAGUAGACGAUAGAACCCCAAUGAAAUAUGGUGAUUCUUUAAAUGGGUUUUGGAUUGUAUUCAAUAGAUGGAACCCAUUUUCUUCUCACCCUAACGUUCCGAAUAUGGCAGAGAUCCAAGUCCGUCUAGGUUAUGUAGCGUCUGUUAACGCAUUAGAGAAGGCAAAAAAUACGGCUGGAGUACUAUAUAUUAGACCACCUAUUGAAAAUUAUGCAACAUUGGAUUUUGGUAAAUUUGAGGAGAUAUAUGCUGUUGGUGUUGAUUACGGUAGGAUCUUUUUCCAAGAGUUAGAAAGUGAAGGUAAAAUGCCAUUUCUACCAGGUUGUCAAGCACAGGUUGUUGCUUCAGAAGUGCCAGAAUUUUUAUUACAUAGAAGACACAGUAUUUAA